CCACCGGCCCGGCCCCGGCGGCAGCGCUUUGCUAACCGCAGCGAGUGACCGGAAUCGCUCCCGUCAGAUGUUUCCAUCGAUCGCGAAGAAGAAGAGUGGAGUUGGGACCUGCUAAGUGCUGAUCUGCUUGUGCUCCGGACCAUGGACUCAUUGAGGCCGUCCCAGGUGUGAAAAUGUCCAGCAGUAACCGGGAGUUAGUGAUUGACUUUGUUUCCUACAAGCUCUUGCAGAAGGGAUACAGCUGGAGUCAGCUGGAGGAGGAGGAGGAGGAUGAGAACAGGACUGACUUUGCAGCGGAGGAGGCCGAGAUGGACGGCGUCCUCAAUGGGAGCCCUUCCUGGCACCCGCCCGCCAGCCACGUAGUGAACGGAGCCACCGUGCACCGGAGCAGCCUCGAAGUCCACGGAAUCGUUCAAGCAGCCGAUGUGAGGCAGGCGCUGAGAGAGGCGGGGGAUGAGUUUGAGUUAAGGUAUCGGCGGGCUUUCAGCGACCUCACUUCCCAGCUCCACAUCACCCCCGGCACGGCGUAUCAGAGCUUUGAGCAGGUAGUGAACGAACUCUUCCGCGAUGGAGUGAACUGGGGUCGCAUCGUGGCUUUCUUCUCCUUCGGAGGAGCCUUGUGUGUGGAGAGCGUUGACAAGGAGAUGCGGGUAUUGGUGGGACGCGUUGUAUCUUGGAUGACCACGUACUUGACCGACCACCUAGAUCCCUGGAUCCAGGAGAAUGGCGGAUGGGUAAGAAUCUCCUCUCCCCGGUGGGGAUGCCUGCCUGCAUCCUCCCUCGCUCCAGGCCAGCAGCGGUGCUGGUUAAACCAGAGUGCAGCUCCCUGUAAUGUUUAUGCUAGCGCUUGUCCUCGACCUUGCAGGGAGAUAAAGGGGCGCGUGGCCUGUCCCUCUGUGCCCAAGAUGGCACAGUUUAUGCUCAGACGUGUCCUUCCCCAUCCCUGUUUCUUCUCCUUCUCCCUGGAUGUUACGUAA